AUGGCGGGUCCUUUUCUAUCUCCGAUGCCUGGGGAUCUUCUUACGGAAUAUAUGUUCGGCAGACGUCGCCAGCGACGGAAUCGCACCACAUUCACGCCGCAACAACUGCAGGAAUUAGAACAGUUGUUUCAAAAAACGCACUAUCCGGAUGUGUUUUUGCGUGAAGAAGUCGCACUGCGGAUUAAUUUAAGUGAAGCACGUGUUCAGGUUUGGUUUCAAAAUCGUCGAGCGAAAUGGAGGAAACAAGCACGGCUACAAUUAUUACAAGAUGCUUGGCGAAUGCGUUGUUUGAGCAUGGGAAAUGCACAAAUAAUCAUAGCGUCUGAAUCUCAAGCAACAUCCAACAACAGCAGCUCGAAUAACACCACCUCCAACAACCAUAACAAUAGCCACAAUACCAAUAAUUAUGCUAUUAAAACGAUAAACGAUACAAAGGCUACACAGAAUGCAGCAUCCCAGGAACACAUGCCAGAAACAGUAUUUAUUCAACAAUCAGCUAAUCAAAGUACAACUCAUCGAGACGGGAGUUCAAAAAACAAUAUUAACAUGAAUCUUACGAACCAUAACAAAUCUAAUAUCACUAAGAAAGAUUAUACAAAAGAGUGUGUAGAUGAAGCCAGGAUUUCUAAACAUAAGCCAGAUAAGUUAUCAUUCGAAGAUGGUCAUUUCCAUCACGUAGAAAGCAACAUAUAUAAAGGAAAUGACAAUAAAGAUUAUGGAGCACUCUCAACGCGACGUAUGCCCUCACGACCAGUGCAAAUAGAAAUGAACUUUUCAAACUCCAGCGAUGCAUCUGACAAUUCCGAAGAAAUAGAUCUUACCAGCAAUAUAGGGUGCAUCGAUUAUUCAAAUUCAAAUGCAAGUAAGAAUUGA